UGGAAAACUGUGGCUGAGGCAUGUGAUAGUGUGUGUGAGUGUGUUGUAUGGCCAAAUAAAAAGGAAAGUGAAAAGCUGAAAAUUGAGCUUGCCUCUUGAACAAGGAAUCCUGAAUUGUGAGAGCGUAGUAGCAUUCUUGGUUGAUAGGGAUGGCGAGCGCCAUGGUAGAGGAUACCAACUUGGAAGAUGAUCAGCUGGCCAACAUGACCACCGAUGACGUCGUCAGAGCUUCUCGUCUUCUCGACAAUGAAAUUCGCAUUCUCAAGGAAGAGCUGCAGAGGACGAAUCUCGAAUUGGAAUCUUAUAAGGAGAAGAUCAAAGAAAACCAGGAGAAGAUUAAGCUCAAUAAACAGUUGCCCUACCUCGUUGGCAACAUUGUCGAGAUACUUGAAAUGAACCCAGAAGAUGAGGCAGAAGAAGAUGGUGCCAAUAUUGAUCUUGACUCCCAAAGGAAAGGAAAAUGUGUUGUGCUAAAGACGUCUACUCGACAGACUAUCUUUCUACCUGUUGUUGGUCUUGUUGACCCUGAAAAGCUAAAACCUGGUGAUCUCGUUGGUGUUAACAAAGAUAGUUACUUAAUUUUGGAUACCCUGCCUUCUGAGUAUGAUUCUCGAGUUAAGGCUAUGGAAGUUGAUGAAAAGCCAACAGAGGACUACAAUGACAUUGGUGGAUUGGAGAAGCAGAUCCAAGAACUAGUUGAAGCCAUUGUUUUGCCAAUGACCCACAAGGAGCGGUUCCAGAAAUUGGGAGUUCGUCCACCAAAGGGAGUUCUCUUAUAUGGACCUCCAGGAACUGGGAAAACUUUAAUGGCCCGUGCUUGUGCAGCACAAACAAAUGCCACUUUCCUGAAGUUGGCAGGUCCACAACUUGUGCAAAUGUUCAUAGGAGAUGGAGCAAAACUUGUCCGUGAUGCCUUUCAGCUUGCAAAAGAGAAGUCUCCAUGCAUUAUAUUCAUAGAUGAAAUUGAUGCAAUUGGAACCAAGCGUUUUGAUAGUGAAGUAAGUGGAGACAGGGAGGUACAACGAACAAUGUUAGAGUUGCUGAAUCAGCUGGAUGGUUUUAGUAGUGAUGACCGGAUUAAGGUCAUUGCAGCAACAAACCGUGCAGAUAUUCUUGAUCCUGCUCUUAUGCGUUCUGGUAGAUUGGACCGAAAAAUUGAGUUCCCACACCCAACUGAAGAAGCAAGAGCCCGAAUUCUGCAGAUCCAUUCUCGGAAGAUGAAUGUUCACCCAGAUGUCAACUUUGAAGAAUUAGCUAGGUCUACAGAUGAUUUCAAUGGAGCACAACUUAAAGCUGUCUGUGUUGAGGCUGGCAUGUUGGCCCUUCGACGGGAUGCAACUGAGGUGAACCAUGAGGACUUUAACGAAGGUAUCAUUCAGGUUCAAGCAAAGAAGAAAGCCAGCUUAAAUUAUUAUGCUUAAGCUGGAUUUAGGUGUCAAGUGCAGAAAUCUGAGCCUCUCAAGGCAAUGGAAAGUCAAUACUUUUGCUAUUGUCUGUUUUUUUCUCGGAUCAUGUUAUGUAACAUAUAGCUUGCUCAGAUUCCUGCAUGUAAGGAUAAACAUUUCAUCUGCUUGCUAUUUGGUAAAUUAUUCACGUUACAAGGCUGCCAGGUUCUGUACGAUCAUUAAUUAUUGUCGUGAGACUGGUUUAUGUUUGGUGUAUGUGGGUUGAUCUAUGACGAUUGAUGAGGCGGAGAACAAAAUCUGAACAUA